CGAAGGUGUUUUAUAUAACAGUAACAGUGAUGAUAGGCAUACCCUGAGUAAUAAUGAUGAGCAGAUCUCGAAUCAUGAUGAUGAGCAAAUCUCAAAUCAUGACGAUGAGCAAACCUUGAAUAAUAAUAAUUCCUCUAAUACCGAUCAAGAAGAUCAAGAUCAAGAGAAUCGAAGUUCAGAAAAUGAAUGUCAAGUUGUUACAGAAAAUAAGUGGACACGAAAUAAUACUAAAUUAACCAGAAAAGGACUUAAGGAUUUAAGCAACAAUACUGUCAACGCGAAGCCUAUUUCUGGAUUUACUG